AUGGCCACCAAUCCAUAUCUCCUCGCCGCCGACAACCCCACGGCGCUUCUUGCCCUCCUCCGCGAAAGCCCGAGCCUUGCGUCUGGCCAGGAUGAACAUGGAUACUCCCUUGUCCACGCCGCAGCAAGCUAUAACCACCUUGAUCUCCUACGAGCGUUAAGCCGCGACUUCCAGGUGAACGUUAACCUGCGCGACGAGGACGACGAGACGGCCCUGUUCGUGGUCGAGACUGUUGACGCUGCCAAGGUCCUUGUGGAGGAGCUGGGUGCGGAUUUGCUCGCUAAGAACGGCUCUGGACAGACGGCGCGAGAGAAGAUACUAGAGGAGGCUGAUUUCCCAGAAGUCGCUGAAUACCUCAAGACGGCAGAGCGGGACCAAGGUGGCGAUCUUCCCAACGGUAACAGCACCGACGGACAGACCGAGGGGUUGCCUCCCCCUCCAGAGGGCAUGACAGUGUCUGUGGGUACCAUGGCGCCCGUCGAAGAGAACGAGGGCGAGAUUGACCCCGAAUUCCGGAGGCGCAUCGAGGAACUGGCUGAGCGCGAUGACUUCCACACGGAAGCCGGCCAAGCCGAGCUACGGCAGCUCGUCCAGGACGCCAUCUCGGACCGCAAUCUCGCAGAUCGUAAUGUUCGCCAGAGGCAAGACUGA